AUGAGUUGGAGAAAGAGGCAGGACAAGUGGACCCUGAGAAAGAUGCAGGAGGCCAAGUCAAAUCACUGGACAAUGCCACGUGCUUUGUGGACAGCGUGGGUCUGGGCUGUAAUCAGCGUGUCCACGGAAGGAGCCUCUGAUCAGGCUUCUUCUCUGUCUUGUGACCCAACUGGUGUCUGCGAUGGCCAUUCCAGAUCUUUAAACUCCAUCCCCUCUGGUCUCACGGCAGGUGUGAAAAGCCUUGACCUGUCCAACAACGAGAUCACCUAUGUCGGCAACAGAGACCUGCAGAGGUGUGUGAACCUGAAGACUCUGAGGCUGGGGGCCAAUGAAAUUCACACGGUGGAGGAAGAUUCUUUUUUUCACCUGAGGAAUCUUGAAUAUUUGGACUUAUCCUAUAAUCGCUUAUCUAACUUAUCAUCUUCCUGGUUCAGGUCCCUUUAUGUCCUGAAAUUCUUAAACUUACUGGGAAAUUUAUACAAAACACUUGGGGAAACAUCUCUUUUUUCUCAUCUCCCAAAUCUGCGGACCCUGAAAGUGGGAAAUAGUAACAGCUUCACUCAGAUUCAUGAAAAGGAUUUCACUGGACUGACUUUUCUUGAGGAGCUUGAGAUCAGUGCUCAAAAUCUGCAGUUGUAUGUGCCAAAGAGUUUAAAGUCGAUCCAGAACAUUAGCCAUCUGAUUCUUCAUCUGAAGCAGCCUGUUUUACUCCUGGACAUUCUUAUAGAUAUUGUAAGUUCCUUAGAUUAUUUAGAACUGAGAGAUACUAAUUUGCACACUUUCUAUUUUUCAGAAGCGUCCAUCAGUGAAAUUAAUACAUCAGUUAAAAAGCUUAUAUUUAGAAAUGUGCAAUUCACUGAUGACAGUUUUGUUGAAGUUGUCAAACUGUUUAACUAUGUUUCUGGGAUCUUAGAAGUAGAGUUUGAUGACUGUACCCAUGAUGGAAUUGGCGAUUUUAGAGCACUGACUUUGAACAGAAUUAGAUACCUAGGUAACGUGGAGACGUUAACAAUACGGAAGUUGCAUAUCCCACAGUUUUUCUUAUUUUAUGAUCUGAGUAGUAUAUAUCCACUCACAGGCAAAGUCAAAAGAGUCACAAUAGAAAACAGUAAGGUUUUCCUGGUUCCUUGUUUACUUUCACAACAUUUAAAAUCUCUAGAAUAUUUGGAUCUCAGUGAAAACUUAAUGUCUGAAGAAACCUUGAAAAACUCAGCCUGUGAGCAUGCCUGGCCCUUCCUUCAAACCCUGGUUUUAAGGCAGAAUCGUUUGAAAUCACUAGAAAAAACUGGAGAACUUUUGCUUACUCUGAAAAAUCUGAAUAACCUUGAUAUCAGUAAGAAUAAUUUUCUUUCAAUGCCUGAAACUUGUCAGUGGCCAGGAAAAAUGAAACAGUUGAACUUAUCGAGCACGAGGAUACACAGUUUAACCCAGUGCCUUCCCCAGACCCUGGAAAUUUUAGAUGUUAGCAAUAACAAUCUCGAUUCAUUUUCUUUGAUUUUGCCGCAACUCAAAGAACUUUAUAUUUCCAGAAAUAAGUUGAAGACUCUACCAGAUGCCUCCUUCUUACCCGUGUUAUCAGUUAUGAGAAUUAGCGGAAAUAUAAUAAAUACUUUCUCGAAGGAACAACUUGAUUCUUUUCCACAACUGAGGGCUUUGGAGGGCGGUGGCAACAACUUCAUUUGCUCCUGUGACUUCCUGUCCUUCACACAGGGACAGCAGGCACUGGCCCGCGUCCUGGUCGACUGGCCAGAUGGCUACCGCUGUGACGCUCCCUCGCACGUGCGGGGCCAGCGGGUGCAGGACGCCCGGCUCUCCCUUUCUGAAUGCCACCGGGCGGCCGUGGUGUCCGCCGUGUGCUGUGCCCUCUUCCUGUUGCUCCUGCUCACGGGGGCGCUGUGUCACCGUUUCCACGGGCUGUGGUACAUGAAGAUGAUGUGGGCCUGGCUCCAGGCCAAGAGGAAGCCCAGGAAGGCUCCCCGCAGGGACCUCUGCUACGACGCCUUUGUGUCCUACAGUGAGCAGGAUUCCUACUGGGUGGAGAACCUCAUGGUCCAGGAGCUGGAGCACUUCAACGCUCCCUUUAAGCUGUGUCUUCAUAAGCGAGACUUCGUCCCUGGCAAGUGGAUUAUUGACAACAUCAUUGACUCCAUUGAAAAGAGCCACAAAACCAUCUUUGUGCUUUCGGAGAACUUUGUGAGGAGCGAGUGGUGCAAGUAUGAGCUGGACUUCUCCCAUUUCCGUCUCUUUGAUGAGAACAAUGAUGCUGCCAUUCUGAUUCUGCUGGAGCCCAUUGACAAGAAGGCCGUUCCCCAGCGCUUCUGUAAGCUGCGGAAGAUCAUGAACACCAAGACCUACCUGGAGUGGCCCACGGAUGAGACUCAGCAGGAAGCGUUCUGGUUAAAUUUGAGAGCUGCAAUAAGGUCCUAGGAUCCUUCAUUAAGGGUCAGUCUUGGUCUGGUGGUGGUCCUUCUAGCACUAGUUAUAACUGAGUCCAUUCUGACUCAGUUCCAUCCAGUGAAUAUUCAUUGGAAGAACUGAUGCUGAAGCUGAAGCUCCAGUACUUUGGCCACCUGGUGUG